AUGGAUGUGGCUGCCGAUGAAGUCCAGCCACGGGCAUCCUGGGAGGAGGCAGAAGCUGUCCUCAGGACUUUACCCGGAGGAGGCCAAGGCCUCUCCAUCCUGGGGCACGAUGUGAUGGAGGACUGGGAAGCGCCGUACAUGCAUGCCCUGGCUGCCGUGGCAUCAUCACAACCUGGGCCUGUGCUAGAGGUCGGUUUCGGUCUGGGUCUGUCUGCAGCAGCCCUGGAUAAUCUUGGUGUGGAAGGACAUGUCAUUGUGGAGGCCAAUGCGGAGGUUCUGGGCCGUGCCGAGCAGUGGGCCGAAACUGCAAAGUGCCCCACGAUCGUGCUGGGCGGAUUCUGGCAGGACCUUGUUGGCAGCAUGGCUGAAGGUGCCUUCAGUGGCAUCCUCUUCGACGCCUACCCGCUCUCACCUGGGGAGGCCGCUGGUGAUGGGGAGGUUGGGGCUUUCUUCGUGGAAGCCGGAAGGCUCUUACGACCUGGUGGGGUGUUCACCUUCUACUUCGAUGCCGGGCGGAACUGGAUCGAGUGCGUGCGCUCCUUCCGGGCAGAGACCAUCCCCAAGUUAUGGGAAGCAGGCUUCACAGACGUGCAGCACGACCAAGUUGCCUGUACGCCUCGACCCGGAUGUACCUAUUUUUGGAAAGAUCGCUUUCUGGUGCCAAAGGCCACUCGGUAA